UGCCAGGAUGAAGGCUGCUGCUCUGCUGGUGGUACUGCUGUGCUCAGGUGGAGCCUGGGCCAUAAGAUGCCACAACUGCACGAACUCUAACGGGAACACCUGCUCAGGACCUGUAGACUGCCCCAGCUACGCGAACGCCUGCGCUUCACAAUUGCUGAAUAUCAAACUACCAGACCAGACGUUGGCCAUGGCAAUCAAGACCUGUGUGCAAUCGUGCGAGAACCUCAAUCCCAUGCCAUCCCGUGCUUCAUCCAGAGCUUUAGUCAGCGAUCUACAUGCCUCCAUCCAUUGUUGCAGCACCAACCUGUGUAACCGAGCUGGAGGCCAAGGGCCAGGGGCCACCACCGUGGGCCUGAUGCUUGUGGCCAGUGUCCUUGUCACCCUCCUAGGGGCCUCCCUGUGACCCAGAGGUGCGGGACAUGAGUGAGGCAGCACAACCCAGGACACCCAGACCCCUAAGCCCCUGUCCCCAUCAGGCUGUCUGUGAGCUCGUAAAUUGAGGACAGAGUACAGAGGAGGUGGAGGGCCUGGUGGGGUGGUCACAGAGGACCACGCCCAUUCGCCCCAGAUCUUCAAGGCCAACAGAGGCACCCCACCCCAGCACACCGAUGCAGAGAAACUCCUGGAGUCUUUGGCUUUUUCUGGGUGUCCUGCCCGGGGCCUUCAGCCAUCGGUGCCAGGCCUACCACGGUCCACGGGGAGCUGCUCCCCCAGCUGUGCAGAGACUUCCCGUCGUCCUGGGUGGAGUGUGAACCCAAGGCCUGACUUCCA